AUGAAGGAGCACGAGAUGAUAGACCUUGGUACAAUGAAAUACUUUCUUGGCAUACAAAUCAAAGUAUACAAAUCACAAGAGAAGUAUGCAGAAGACUUUCUUAAGAAAUUCAACAUGAGUAAGUGUAAACCGCUGGCUACACCAAUGGCAUUUAAUGAGAAUUUAUCAAAGUACGAUGGCAAAGCAAAAGUCGACGGAACAAUGUAUCCAAGCUUAGUCGGCUCUCUUAUUUAUCUCACACAUACAAGACCAGAUAUAAUCAACGUUGUCAGAAUCGUAUUCAGGUUCAUGAGUGAACCGAGCAAGGAUCAUCUAACAGAAGAAAAGAGGAUUUGUAGAUACCUUAAUGGAACGAAGAGCUAUGGAAUCAUGUACAAGACUGAAAAAGAUUUCAAGCUCACAGGAUACACCGAUAGCGACUGGGUUGGAAGCGAGGAUGAUAGAAAAAGCACAAGCGGGGUGGUCGAGAUUCGAGCUAAUGAAAACCCUUGUCUUGCAGGCUAUGAUAAGAUUUUGGUUGAGUUGAUUGUUGAGUCUCGGGCGAGAUUCAAAGAAGAUUUGGUCGAGACUACCCUAGUCUCAGUCGAGAUCUCUGGCGAGACUUAA